GACUGCUUGCGAUAGUAAUCCUCUCAGGAGAAAAACAACGCCACAGCGAAAAGGACCUGCGUAUGAUAGAUGAGCGCUCGUCCUUUGUUUUUGAGUGUUUUUAUACUGUUUGAAACGAAACAUUUUCGGUUUUUGUUGCGUAUGCUUGCGUGACAUGGUAACGAUGGAUGAACUUUGUGAAAUGGAUUGUAACGUUUUGAAACGGCUGCUGAAGGACGACAGCGGGAAAUGCCUGGUUUUGGACUGCAGAUCCUUCUUGGCGUUUAGUGCCGGGCACAUCCGCGGCUCGGUGAACAUCCGCUGUAACUCAAUCGUGCGCAGGAGAGCAAAAGGUUCCGUCACUUUAGACCAAAUUCUAUCGGGUGACGAAGAGGUCAAAGCCCGAUUUAAAUCCGGACUAUACUCAGCCGUUAUUCUGUACGACGAGAGGACGCCAGAUGCUGAUGCGAUUAAAGAAGACAGCACAAUAACAUUGGUUCUUAACGCGUUAUACAGGGAUACGUUCGGGACUGAAAUCUAUCUACUGAAAGGCGGAUACGACAGAUUUUUCACCCAGUAUCCUGAAUUCUGUUUAAAAACCAAAACGUUGUCCACCUCAUUGUCGCAGUCCAGUCUGGACUCAAGCUGUUCCUCCUGUGGAACACCGCACCACGAUCAGGCCGGUCCUGUGGAGAUCCUGCCCUUCCUGUUCCUGGGCAGCGCCUACCACGCUUCCAAAAAGGACAUGCUGGACGGCAUGGGCAUCUCGGCCCUGCUCAACGUGUCUUCAAACUGCCCCAACCACUUUGAGGGCGUGUACCAGUACAAGUGCAUCCCUGUGGAGGACAACCACAAAGAGGACAUCAGCUCCUGGUUCAUCGAGGCCAUAGAGUAUAUCGACUCUGUGAAGGACUCAAACGGGCGCGUGCUGGUCCACUGCCAGGCGGGGAUUUCGCGUUCGGCCACCAUCUGCCUGGCGUACCUGAUGAAGCGGAAGCGGGUGCGUCUGGACGAGGCCUUCGAGUUCGUCCGCCAGCGUCGCAGCAUCAUCUCGCCCAACUUCAGCUUCCUGGGCCAGCUGCUGCAGUUCGAGUCCCAGGUGCUGGCCACGUCCUGCGCCGCCGAGGCCGCCAGCCCCAAGUCUUCCGCCACGCCCACCUCGCCCUUCGUCUUCAGCUUCCCCGUCUCCGUGGCGACGCAGCCCAGCAGCCUGUCGUACCUGCAGAGCCCCAUCACCACCUCUCCCAGCUGCUGACGGCCUCGCGCCGGGACAGACGUACGGAUGGACGGACUGACGGACAGUGUCCAUGCGGCAUGAGAGACCCGUGCCAGUAACGGGUCGUUUGUGAACGCGUCCCAGAAUACCUGGGACGGCUGGGGGUAUUUGAGGAAGGGAGUGGCCCUCUUGGUUUGACAGAAGCAGGCAAAAAAAUAGUGAGAGAGAGAGUGAUAGACAGAGAAAGAUAAUGUGUCCUUAACAACAGAAGGCAAUGCUAAUACUACCCAAAUUAACUCUAAAUCUCUAAAUCUCUUUCUCCUUGGUCAAUUUUGGGCACAAACAUUUAAAUUUCUGGGUAAAAGAUCUGAGGAUGAAAGCACUUUCAGAGGGGAAUGGACUGCAGCAGUUUCAAAAGACAAUGACCCUUUCUGUAUUCUGAAAGCUAAGGUAAAUUUAGUCAACGUGGGCUAGAAUUCCUCCGCUGUAGAACCAUAAUACCUUCAUCCGAUGUCCGUUCAUUUCCAUUUCCCACGGCUUGCCUCUUCCCGCCGUCGUUAGUCGACGAAGAGCGGUGUGAGUGGGAGUUCUAUUAAUUCCUUGUAUAAACCGGAGUUAACUCGCGUUUCCUGGCAGGAAGCGGCUCUUGCUUCUGACAGGUGCGGGUGCAGCAUUCCACCUCCUAUUUCAGGCUCCUCCGGUCCUGCCUGCUUCUCUCAAAAUAAAAUAAAAAAAUCGUCCCUCUUCAGUCUCUUCCGCCGGAGGACGGACGGAAGAUAAAUAACGGAACGAGAACUUUGGAGGAGAAAGGGUCUGGCUGGGCGCCAAAGCGCGGUUUCCCAGAAGGUGCCAAAUAAGGGGCUGGGGUUUUGCGUAAGGCUGCCGGGGAGGGCGUAAAGUGACGUGGUAGCGGUCAAACCCGCAAAUACUGGGAAGUGUGUUGGGGGACGUCACGGUGGUCAUCUGAUGUUGCAUGUAGCCGCCACAGAAGAGCUUAAGUGGGAAAGUAGCCUUUCUUUUGUGUUUAAUUUGUCAGUGCCUUGUUCAGAGAAGGUACAGGACGUUUUCCGGAGCUCUCCGUUGACGUUUUUUUAAAUCCGGAGAAACAGACUGACAAACGGUUUGGGACUCUGAAGCAAUGACACGUUUUUCGAACUGGCAAUAUGGACGUUUUUUCCAAGGGUAACAUUUUAUUUUCGAAUCUGAGCAAUACCCAUUUUCAAGUUUUCACCAAAGCACUAUAAUGUAUUCCUCCUCCAAAAUGUUUUCUUUUUUAAACUCAAUAUUUAUUUUAGAAUUUGUAAGAUGAGUCCUAAAAUCUUGUUGACGUUUUUAGUCUUUACAAAGGGGAAACUCACAAAUUCGGAAUGUGAUCUGUCCCUAUUCGAAGAAUCAGAGAAGACGCAGUCACCUCUGUGAGAAGGUACUGAUAACAGGACAGUAAUACUCCAUAUAAACACAGAAAUACACAGACUUACAUAAAUUCAUUAUUAGCAGAUAAUGCUAAUUCAACUUGGGAAUGAAAAGUGUCAUAUUCCCAUGAAUACCUCUUUCCUGGAAUCUGCUGUACAAAAUGAGCAUCAAAUCUGUAAAUAUUUAUGAAGUGACAUGAUAGGGUCCAGUGCGAUAGUCCCUUAUUUGAAACACAUUUCAUCCUGAAGAAAAAAUAUCCAAUUCAAUAAUUUAAAACUGCCUCAUUCUAACCAAGGCACACAGAUCUCCUGAACACUGGCUAGUCCACCACUGUAAACAAGGAAACUCGCUGCACAGGCGAUCAUAAUGGCAACAGAAACUACACUCAGAUUCAACGCUCAGUGAUGUCACACUGAAACGGCUGGAACCUGCUGGCUUAAUUUUUGGCCUUUGGUCUUCCUGAAAUGUUUGUUGUUUUCCGUUGAAUGUUUUUUGAGACAUAGCUCUGUAAAAGAAAUUGCAUAUGAAUCCAAAUUGCCACCCUGAAGUGCUGGGCUGGUCCAAGGCAAAAGGCUGAAAUGUGAGGAUUCUUUUUUUUCUUUUGUUUUUUUUUUUUUGUUAUUUCGAAAAAUGUUGGCACCUUUUACAUAGCACUUUUAAGUGAGGCAAUAUAAUUUUACAUUGAUUUGCACAUCACUACAAGAACAGGAAGCUGAAUACCUUUUUUAAAAUUUAUUUUACACCCAUGUAUUAAAAGUGUUCAAGCUGUUCAAGAGUUCAGAGUAUGGAAAUCUACUUAAAAGGUGUACAACUGUCAAAAAAUCAUUGAAUAAUGCAAUACUUUAUAUCUGUGUCAAGUGAAAUGUUAUUGUCCAAAUUCCCAUGGCAAUAUCAUUCAUACAUUUCUAACCUUUUCCUUAUUUUUGUUAUAUGGUAUGUUUUAUUUAUUUCUUGAAAUCCAUUUAAAUAUAAAACUUUUUUAAAUAA